GGAAGUGAAGAACCAGAGCGUUUGGAUCCGGUUAUUACUGCUUCUAUAUAGCAACUGUGUGGUCAGUUUAAAAAAGAAAGUCUUUCCUGAAAUAAAACACUCCCCCUAAUUCAUCCCCUCGAGGGAGAGCUGAGAGAGAAACAUACAGAGCAAGAUGCUAGACCUGGCAGUGAACGUAUCUAUAUAUGAGCGUCCUGGUGUGAUGUUUCUGAAAUUGCAAAAUAAUUUGAUCUUCCCCGCUUUGGAUUUUGAUUUGUAAGUAGAGAUUUUCCCCAGGGCUGAUUUACCAAGCCGUUUCACCUGUCCUAGCUGCCAAAGGUGAAGAGUGGAGCCUUCUCAGGCUGUAGUCUUCACAGAUGCGCCAUGUUUUUCAGCAAUGAUGGAGGAGUCCAAGCUUACAAGUUUCCAGAGGCGGCACCUGAUGGACUGUGUGAAACGAGGAGAUACCCUGCCCCUCCAGUGCAACCCCACAUCCAGCAAAGAGCCACAGCCUGCAGAGUCUGCCUUCUCUCCCCCAAAGCUUUGUCUGCCAGGCAGGCUUCCAGCUAAACCACAUCUUCGACCUGCCAAGAUCUGCCAGGCAGGAGAUGCCUAUACCAGAGAGAAAUUCAAACCACAGGCAAGGCGAGAUUUGGAAAGGGAGAAGCAAAGACUCCAAAAUAUCUUGGCGACAGGGAAGGAUGUGGUGGAGCACAAAGUGAAGCCGACGCUGGUUCAGGCGAAGGAAGAGGAGACACCUGAGCUUGACCGCUUUGAAGAACUGGUGAAUGAAGUUCAGGAGAGGAAGGAGUUCCUGGCAGAUAUGGAAGCUUUAGGACAGGGCAAGAAGUAUCGAGGGAUUGUCCUCACUGAAAUCUCACAGAAACUGCGGGAGAUGGAGAUCAUUGACAAGAAGAGAAGCAAGGAAAUGAGAGAGAUCGCAACAAAAGACUUUCCCAUUGGGAACAAAUCUGAUGGCCAUGACUAGGCCCAGAAAAAACACCGGAACAAUUUAGUCCCAGGUCUUCUUCCCUUAUCAUCUGAGUCUUAAGGACUGGUCUGUGUCUGUCCGUCUCUCAAGGAUCCCCUUGAAGAGGGGGCAGUAGCACCUGCUGCCUAAAGCCAGAAGGCAGGAAUAAUUUAUGCACAGCCAGUAACAGAAGAAAGCUGUUGCAAAAUCCUACCCACGCAUCAGAUCCCUUCUGCAAGGGGCAGUCUUGCUCAACAAUAUUAAGGAGAAGAAAACAUAGAGGAAAAGCCUUUAAAAUUAUGACAAAGCAGAGCCUCCUUUUCGCUAUGCAGUGCUGCAGAGCACAACAAUUCACAGAGAAAAACGUCACUCCUUUUUUCCAUACAACCCAAAGCCCGGCAGUUUCUAUUGACGGUGAGACGCUAACACGAGUGUCACUGUCCACAUCUAUGACCUACUUCUGUCUGCAUCGCUCUGGGAACGGCUAUGCUGGCAGGUGGCAGGGAGGAAGAUGCAGUGUGGCCUCAUGCAAACAUGAACUUCUAAUAUUACUGUAGUUCUGAGUGAGUGUGUGCAUCAGCAGCAGUUAAAAUAGGCAGGCACUCAGGAACACAGCUGUGCUGAGGAGGGAGAAGGGAUUUCAGCUCAGGGCUUUCUGCUCUUGCUGUGAGCAGGCUCGCUGUGUUUUUUUUUUUUUUUUAGUUCUAUCUGCUUUU